GAUAUUAAAAAUGGAUAGAAUGAUCUCCAUGUAUUUCUGUUUGCUGUCUUGGUGGUGUAUACUUCAUGCUAACAGAAUCCUGAUGGUCAUCAGUGCAGAACCCACAGUGACUGCGUGGAUCAUAACACCGGAGGCUGAUCGUAAGGAGGGCGGGCGAGUUGAGAUGAGGUGUGUGGCUACAAACCUGGAGGCUGAUCACGUAGUGGAGUGGAUGACUGAAGAUCCAACCCUUACACUGAGAUGGGGUAACGUUACUUUAGCACGAACUGGUCGGCGAUUUGUGUUCGAGACGAUGCAGACAAUGAUUGGGCAAACUACUCAAAUGUUUACUAUAACUGAUCUAGAGAGGGGUGACACAGAUGAAUAUAUUUGCAAUGUUCACGGUCCAAUAGCUGGCGGAGGAUACUUCAUUGUAGCCACUGCUAAAGUGAACCUGACUGUGUUGUACUUCCCCAACGAGUCCUUCCCUAUCUGCUCGCCUGAUGGACCCAUCACAGUAGACACUGGAACACAGUUGAAUAUGCGAUGUUCAUCUGAGUACGGUAACUCGGCAGUCUUGAUGCAAGUUUCUCAAUCUCCAACAGGUUUUAAUACCCACAUGUGGAUGAUUACCUUCAAUAAUGAUACCCUGUUUGCAUCAUUGGAUUUGACAGUCGGUAUUGGCGAUCACAAUGCGAUGUUCCAGUGCAUCAUUACUUCAACUUAUUUUCCUGGCAUGAAUCGUUCUUGUACCAUCGGACCGAUUCAAGUAACAGGCUCUCCAGCAGAAUUGACAACUGAAACACUAGAAACAGAGCAUCAAGCUACAGUAAAGCCCUCAUUUACCUCGACAUCAUUAACGACAGAAACCAUAACACAAACUCUGACAAACCCAACAUCAUCAACGAUUCAUUCAUCAGCUAUCGCAGCGGCAGUCGCCGCUGGGGGCGUCCUCCUCGUUGCUAUGGCCGCCAUCAUCGUCUGUCUUUGCAACCGCCAGCAGGGAUGUUGCAAUAAGGGCCCAACGACUCGAACUGAGACACAAGUGUCUAACGUUGAUCCCUACGUGGAGCUACAGAAAUCAACUGAUGAGGGCAACAGAGAGUACAUGGAACUGGGAGCGAAGGAGGCAACUACUAGCAACACUACACGAGAUGGGGAAGCUAACGGAGGCUACGUGGAACCAGCGACUGUUCAUGACACACCUACGGAGAGUCAUGCCGAAUACCAGGCAGUAGAGGAUGACAAUGAAAGCCAAGAGCAUGACUACGACAAGCCAGACCCUAAACACACCGAGUAUGAAGUGGUCCAAGCCACAUAAAUAUUAAUGAAACUCUAAUUCAAAUCUCUAAUUCAAGCCCCGUAAAUGAUUAUAGGCUCUAAUUCAAAUCUUCAGAACAAAAAUGAAAACAGACAAUACAAGUAACUAUUACAAAGACUGAAGUUAAUUCUAUAUCCCAGAAUCGCUCACCUUUGUAUUAAAAUGUGAUAUUCCAUCUAGCAAAGUACAGGCAAAAUAAGUUUCUAAAGUUCAAGGCUCUUGCAAUGAUAACAUUAUUUUGGUUUCCAUGGUUUUGCUUUGCAAUCGGGGAGAUUAGAAAAAGUUGAGGCCGAAAUUUUGGAAAUCAUGCCCGACAAUUAAAAGGGAAAAAACCCAGGAGAUAAUGGGUACACAGAGUAUUAGAAACUUGAUGCAAAUUGUGCAAAAAGCAGUAUAAUAAACAUGCAUCAAACCUAUUAUGAAGACGAUUCUAACACAGAACACACAGAUCUGGUCUUCAAGUGUCAU